AACUUAAGCCGAAUCAGAAGAUACAAUGGGCAUUCAGUUAUAGUUUAACAAUCGGAAUGUUAAGUUUGUCGAGAAUUUGAUAAUUUAAUUUUCUCUUAACUUAUCGCUAAUGUUUAAUCAGCUAUGAACAAGUAUUUAAAACCACAUAAAGAAAAAGCUGAAUAUUAAAUUGAAUUCGAAAAGACGUACUAUAUGAUCCUUUAUUACGAGAAGAAAUGUGUAGUACUUCUUCAAAUUUCCAUAAAAGUAUAAAUAUUUUAUUAAAUAAAAUAUAUUUUUAAUUUAAGCGAAAUAAAGCAAAAAUUUUAAUGGAAUCCUAUGAGAGCAACGAUCGAGCAUUUAUUUCAAGUUUUAUUGAUGUUGUCGAUCCAAUUGAUCCUGUACUAGCUAAUGUUAACGUAAGAAAUAUAUCUGAGCCUAUGAUGCCGACUAUGCCCUGGCCAGGAAUAGAAAAGUAUUUUGUGUGUAAAGGUAAUAGAGGAAAUAAUUUUCUUGUUCAAUGUCUAUUAUGCAAACCUUCGUCUAAAUUACUCAGUGUAUCAAAGACCUCACCAUCAAACCUCAAACGUCACAUCAAAAAGGUUCAUGAAUGUAAAAACAAUGACUUCGAAAAUGAUCUAAAUGAACAAAAACAAAAUGCAACUAAGAAAAAACGAUGUUUUAGUUUAGAUACUAACCAAAACGAAAGUCCCUUGCUAAAUUUGACUGUUGAACGUUGUAUGUCGGAGAGAGAUGUUACCCAACACAAAUUAGACUAUUUGCUGUUAAAAUUUAUUAUAAAUGAUAUACAGCCAUUAAGUGUCGUUGAUAAUCCAUCAUUUUCAAAUCUGAUUAAAUUAGGUUUACCACAAGAUUUAAAAAUCAUGUCCAGUAAAACUUUAAAAUUAAAAAUUGAAAAACUUUAUUUGUCCAUGGUAGAUAAUAUAACAAAUACAUUAUCAUCAGUUAUGUAUGUAUCCACAACAGCUGAUUGUUGGACAAAUGGAAAAAAUAGCUAUCUUGCUGUCACUUGCCACUGGAUAAAUUCUAAAAAUUUCAAAAGAGAAUCGGUGUCAUUAGCGUGCUGUUGUCUUGAAGGUCAUCAUACUUAUGAUGUUAUUGUCAAGGCAUUGCAUAAAAUUUACACUAUGUAUAAAAUUCAAAAUAAAAUUGUUUCAACAACCACUGAUAAUGGUUCAAAUUUUAUUGAGCUAUAUGGUACGAAUUCUAUUAUCAAUUUAGAUAAUGAUAUCACAGUCUUGGAUAAUGAAAAUAAAUUUGUUGACUUAUUUGACAUAUUAAAUUCUACAUUUACUAUUAAGCAAGAGGCCGAUAUAUUUAUUCAACUACCUCUUCACUAUAGAUGUGUUAGUCAUACAUUGAACCUUAUCGCAAAUUCUGAUAUCGAUAAAACGAUAAAUUCUAAUACCAGUUUCAAACAUUUGUAUAGUAAAAUACUUGAAAAAUGCUCAUCGAUUUGGCUUAAGCAAAACAUAUCCCAUCCAGCUGUCGAAAAAAUUUGGAAAACUUCGAGAAUUAAUUUUAAAACAUCAAAUACAACUAGGUGGAAACGCACAUAUGACGUUUUAUUACAAAUGAAAAAUGUACUAAACGAGCCUAAUGGGUUAGACAAAAUAAAUCAGGUACUGGACUGCUGUGAAAUACAACGGUUUACGCCACAAGAAAUUCAGCUCAUAAAUGAAUAUUGUGAUGUGAUGUCUCCUUUAGCUGAUACGUUAGACUUUUUACAAAGUGAAGAAUGUGUGUACAUGGGCUACUUACUACCAAGUCUUUAUGCAUUGGAAAAAAAAUUGAGGAAAUUUGAAAACGGAAAGUUGAUUUACUGCGAACCACUUCUACAGACAAUCAUAGAGUCUAUUAAAAAAAGAUUCGAAUCCAUUUGGAAGAAAAACGAAUUAAUAUUAGCGUCAUGUUUGAUUCCAAAAUUCAAACUUAUUUGGCUAAAUAGAUAUGAUCAGUAUUUAGCCGAGGCAAAUUUGAAAGCUUUGUUCGAUGGUACAGCCAACGCUAAAAAUGAAAUAUCAGGCGCAGAUACUACUGACAGCGAAUUUAAUAUAACCCAAGAUUUUUUUUGUCUUCCGUCAAAUAAAAAACCAAAAAGUUCCUCUGAAGAUGAGUUGCAAAUGUAUCUGAAUAGUCCAUCUAAUGACAUCAGUAUGUUACCGUAUUACCCGAAUGUCAUGAAAGUUUUUUUUGAGUACAAUACGCCAAUGCCAUCGAGUACUCACGUUAAAAGACUGUUUUCUACCGGAAUGUCCAGAACGACAGUCAAACGUAACGACAUCUGCGACGAACUAUUUGAAAAACUUAUUCUUCUAAAACAAAAUCAAAUCGUACUAGAUAUUAUAUAAUAUUGAUUAACUAAAAUGUAUAGGUAAAAUGAUAAUGCAUUGUAACUGUAAUGAUAUUUUUAGUUUAAUUUAACUAGGAACCAUCACAGAUUAUUUAUC